CAAGGAUCAAUUAGUUGAAGAGGAAUCUGUUCUAGAUAUAAUUGGCAGAAUGGGAGGGAGCAAACCAACUGCUGCUGAACAAAAUCUGAGGAUGCUUCAUCCUUUCCAGUUGCAACUUGUCUUGUAGAAGUAGCAAAGCCAAACUUGCAGAGAUUACUUAGCACGUCCCAUAGGGAACAUCACAAUGGUUAAGAGUUGAGUCUCCCUAUCAUCAUACAGAAUCAAAAAAAGAAAAAAAAAAGGGUACUCUAUAGAUGGUAGAAGGUUAAUCUUCUUUUUCCCUUUUUUUUUUUUUUUCUUAUAUACUGCCAUAAAUUGCCAGAUAAGAUUUCCAUAACAGAAAAAAAGAGGCAUUAAAGUAGCCCAAAUGCAGGAAACACCUGGCUUGGUUUGUAUGGAAAACAGCUACCAGAAAUUCCUCCAUGGAAAGGUGCAAGAGAAGCAAAAUGGCAACAUUUGAAUGUGAAAGCCUAGCUUCCUGGGCUUCUCCGGACCUUCCAAUGAUAGCACAACCUUCAAAUCUCAACAGGUGAUAGAUAUAGAAGUAACCUGCUGCACCAGAAGACAAAAUUUGUUACAAACCUUUAUGAAAAAUAGUAAUGUAAGCUUUACCAUUUCCUUCUCUAACAUUCACAGAAGGUGACAUGAGAGAAGAACUAAUGGCAGAGGGGCGCCUGGAGAGACAAGGCAGACUUCAGUUUCUGAGACAUAGGACCUUGAAGGAGAAGCUAACAAGGCUGUAUAUUGUCCGUCGCUGUAUCUUGUUGCUGAUUUUCUGGAGAGAGCAAGAAGAUGAAUAGUGAAUAGCAUUGUAAGUUUGUCUACAUGUUUACCUGUGAAAUGUGAAGAAAUGUUGCAGGCAGACUGCAGCUUGUCUUUCUAUGCAAUAUCAAUGUGCUUUCAAUAAAAUGUACCUUUGUCUCUAACAGUCAGCAGCAGUUUGUUCCUCCCUUUCUCAAUUCCUAUAGCUCUUGCAUUUAACUAUUAUGUCACUUGACAAGCAUCUUUCCUCUGGACUGUCCAUUGAACAGAACAGCAUCCUCAGUCUAUUGCAGAAAUUAGCAACCAAUUUGUGUUCCAUUUUUCUGUUUAGAACCCCCAAGUCGUCCACUUAAAACACACCAGGCCAAAAAUGUUGCACAAGCAUAAGCUUUAAUUAACCAACUUGGAAAAUCUAUAUCAUAACUAAGGAUUCCGAAUCUGGAUUUAGAUCAAAGACCAUAAUGUCUUUCUACAGGAAGCAUUUACAAAUAAUUGGCAAUCAAUGAUAUCUUUUUGUCAUCUAAUACAACAAAGAUCUAACUUCUGCUGCUCACUUGAACGAUGCCACAUAUUGUAACCAGAUGCAAAGGCAAUUUUGACAGCUAAAAUUUAAUCAUGCACUCUUUAAAACAAAGACGGUUAUUGAAUUGGAGACUUCUUAACCAAAGCAAAGACAGUUAUUGAAUUAACAUGGCAUCAGUUAUAUUAUUAGGAUUGAAAUCAACUAAUCAAUCCCCAACAAAUAUUGAGUUUAUACAUUAAUUAGCAGAAUAAGUAACCACUUUGGACGGUUAGAGUUUAAUCAUCUGGCUUUUAAGAUGUAGAGAGACACAGGUGCAAACUCCCUUCAAAUUAGGUGUACUCUCUGAAAUCCAAUCUCCAAAAUUUGCCAUUUCAUUCAACUGAGAAAAUGGCAUAAAAUCAUAAAGCACUACUUCUCACAUUUUCCUAGAAAGUCCUAUAAAUGAACGGCUUCCAU